AAAAGAGAGACACACUGGAGCAGAUUGAGGAUCCAACAUUGGCUGCGCAGACGAAACUAGACAGUGCGGUUUAACAAAAUAGGAGGUCGCCGCGUCAACUAAACAAUUUUAUCAGCUAGAAGCAGGGGUGAAAACAGAAGGCUGCUUGUGGCUAAAGGUCAAACAGCAAUCUAUCUACAAAUAGAGAGUGCUGGGAGCCAGGCGGAGGCCAUGUACGAUGGGGUGAGGGUGCCCUCUCCUCAGGAGAAUGCCAACGGCUUCGCUCAGCCAGGAGCGUCCGCCAUCCACUCCAAACCCGAGGAGGAGGAGGAGGAGGCCAGGGCAAUGGAACCUGUGUUGGUGAAGAAGGCCCACAGGGAAAUCCUGGAUCACGAACGGAAGAGGAGGGUGGAGCUGAAAUGCAUGGAGCUCCAGGAGAUGAUGGAGGAACAAGGGUAUUCAGAAGAAGAAAUCAGGCAGAAGGUGGGCACCUUUCGGCAGAUGCUCAUGGAGAAAGAAGGAGUGAUAACCAGGGAGGACCCACAUGCACGCCACAUCAUUAAUCACACAGCCCACUGCAGCGAGGAUCAGAGAGGGGAGCUGAGACUGGCCGAGGGAUAUGUUGAGGGAUGUGACUGCUAUGACAGGGAGGCAGCUAGCCAACGAGAGUACAGAAUGAAGAGCAAGUCAAGCACUUCACCCUCACCUCCACCCAAAAAGAAAAAGAAGAAGAAAUCUGGACACAGGAGAAGCCGUUUUGAGAGCUCGUCGCCACCGCGGAAAGAAAAGAAGAAGAAAAGUGGAAAGAAACACAAGCGAGACAGGUCUGCUUCUGGUUCCAGGAAGAAACGUAGAUACAGAUCUGGGAGCCCAAAGAACAAACAGAAAGACAAGAACAAACACAGAAAGAGAUCCCCUGUAGAAUCCCCCGGCAGGUCCCACCGAAGAGGGAGUUGCUGCAGCUCCCGCAGUGCCUCGCUGUCUUCAGUGUGCAGCUUAUCUACGUCUCCUAGCAGACAGACUCCCAAGCACAGAGCGGAUGGGCACAGGGCCUACUGCACCCCUUCCAGCCGCAGUGUGUCUCCCUCGCCCGCCCGAGGAGGCCAGCCCUCCCCCCCCAGGCAGAACGGAAAUCGGGACCCCACUAGGAACGGACGAGAGGAUGAGGGGAACGAGCUCCCAGCAGAGAAAACCCAGGAUAGGUUUACAUUGUCCGGCUCUCCAAGGGUACAGCCCAAGCUUACCUCUGUGUCCCCACGGCCGAAAGACAACAAGGUACAGAAAGUAAUCUCUAGGAGUCCUGGAAAUAUGUCCCCCACUCCUGGAGAGGGCUAUUCCGCUGAGUAUGCUGGGAGGCAUCGUUCCAGAUCCAUAUCAUCCAGCAAGCGCAGUGAGCGACAGAAGACUGCAGCUGAGGCACACAGAGAGUCGGGACACUCCCCAAGCUAUACCGGCUACAGCAGCGACUCCGGACAUUCGCAGCUCAGCCUCUCACAAAAGAGUAAAAGAAUGCAGUUGAAAAAGGCAAAGGACUUGCACGCAAAGCAACGGCAUCAUAGAGUCCGUGUCGUCGGUAGAAACAAGAGUUCCUCAACGUCUCCGCUCAAGCGCGAGAAACACGGCCGGCACAACUCGGAGAGGAAGAAGAGCUCGUCUCGCAGCCUGCGCCAGCGGAGCAGCUCCUGCAGCAGCAGCCGCUCCCCCUCCCGCGAACGGAGGAGCAAAUCCAAGUCCCCACACUCCAGGCAAAACACGUCCAGAGAAAAAGACAGUGAGGCCAAAGCACACCACACUGAUACCGAGGCCAGAGCCAGGCGACGUUCAAGAAGUUAUUCUCCAAUCAGAAAGAGGAGACGAGACUCGCCCAGCUUCAUGGAGCCAAGGAGGAUUACGAGCGCACGCAAGCGACCCAUUCCAUACUACCGGCCUAGUCCGUCUUCACACAGCUCACAGAGCAGCGACUCCGCCCACAGUCGAAGCCGAAGCCGCACCUACGACAGUGGCAGCAGCUACAGCCGCAGCAGGACUCUGAGCCGCAGCAGGAGUAGAUCCCGGACGCAAAGCCGCAACCACAGUCACAGCUACUACAGCCGGAGCAGCUCUGAGAGCGCCGGCUUCUAGAACUCCAACCACCGUCUCCAGGGGAACCAGAAUUCCACAAUCGCCCCGCCCCCUCUGAAUCGGAAACAAAGAGCUAUGUGAGCUGUGUUUCAUUAUAGCAGGAUAGAAUCUGUCAUUUCUCUGUGUGUUUCCUCCUCCCCUCCUUCAUGGAACCACGAAUAACAAAAUAUAUUUUACAUUAAUGACUUAUGAUACUUGAUUGACGUUGUUCGGUAAAAUCUGCGUUUUUUCCAAUCCAGUAAGUUGUUGAGGAGCCUAAAGAACGAAAGCAUGUUGAUCAUAGCCUGUAUUAUUAUAAAUGUGAUGAUGUGGUCUUGUCUCCAGGAAUAUCUAGUAAAUCCAUGCCCUGAAGAAGUAAUUGCUGCGUGCCUCCCGAAGAAAGAUGAACUGGGCAUCAUGAAAACGUGAAGAUUCACUUUCACUUAGUAUGGGUUGGUGUUUCACUUCCUUGCUUCCUUCGUUAUGAUACCUUUCCGCUGUCCAGAUUCUAGUCUGUUCGGUGCUUAAACUCAACAAUGUACCCUGUAGGGACUGAAGAACAAGGUGUCAUAACACCUCAACAAAAAAAAAAAUCUUCCACGUAGCAACAAGAACCAAAUAUUGGUAACUUCCUACAAUGAAAAGGCUGAAGAAAAGUGGACGUUUUUCUCUUGGAUGGCCGGUGAAACUUUCUAAAGAAGAACAACGAAAAAACAACAUGUAUCUGAUGAUUAUAUAAUUGAACAACUUGUAUCUGAUGAUUAUAUAAUUGCCGUAAAGUAGUAAGAUUUCUUUUCAAGGCUUAAAAUGUUUGUUUGAGAGGCAUCUCCUAAAAAGGUUUGAAUGAUCUGUUCUGGUUAAACUAUGCACUGUAAAUACCAUAUUAUUUAAGAGGUGUAUCUUUUGAUACUCUCAGCAUGUUGUACUAGCAAAGAAACAAGUAAUUAUGUAGAGAACUGUGGAAUGCCCAGCACUUCAUUAUCUAAAAUCUAAAUCUAAGCACACAGAUUCAUUAUUUUCACCUUUAAUUUAUUUUAUUUAGUAAAUGGUUUCCUAUUCAGGGCUGGAGUACAUACAGUAUUCGUUCAAAGUGUAUAUAAAGAGUCGAUGGUAAUAACUUUUAAUGAAAGGAUUUUAAUUACACCAGCCAUAAACAAAUGCAGCACACCACACCACACCAAUAGCCAAAUUGAUAUUGGCAUGUGUUCUAGCACUAUGCAGCUCUACAAUUUUGUUAAAAAAACGAGAACAUUAGUAACACAGACUGUGAAUGUGGUCCAAAGAUUAUACUUACAGUCUACUGCUCACUCUACAUGGAUCAAAUGCAUUUAGGGCAGAGGCCCAGGUGAAGGGCUUUACCUGCACAUCCUACCACCACUACUGUAAGUACUCCAAUCCCACGACGUGAAGCCUGUGUGGAACCAGGUGUGGUUGAGAAAAACACAAUACUAUUCUGAUCUUAUAUUUCAAGCAGCAAGUGCAUUUCAUUCCCAGUAUUGAAGGGUUACCUUCAGAGAUGAGAAGUCGCUACUUGACGUUAUUGUUUACUCCUACCCUCAGUCACUUCUCAUAUUUUGUAAUUUGUGUGACUAAGCUUAUUUUGCUUCCAGUGUUUACUGUAUAUGCCCUGUUGCUGUAGUAAUGUGUUUUACAUCUAAAUCAACUUAGUUGAAGAUACCCACUUUAUUUCCCAAAUGUUGACACAAUAUACAGAGGUAGGAAAAAGUUGUAAACACACUCCAAGCUUCUUUUUCUUCCAAAGAAGUAAUUCCCUGUCGGAGAUGGAAAGGUAUUAAUCGGACACCUAAUUGUCUCAGCUUCUAAAGGCUAUAUCUUGGGAACCACUAGCCUUGUUUUGUGUGGCUGUACUCCAUUUUGACAUACUUGCCAUGGUACUGAUACAGUGUUUAUAUGCUUGGUGUUUGCUAGUGACCUACCUUGAUUCGAUAUCCAGUUUGACAGGCAACAACCAAAAUGACUAUGUUUGAUAACCUAUGAAUCAACCUAAAGGACAGUAAAUAAUUACGAUAUGACAUGUUGGUUUGCCAUUUUUCCAUAACUAUGUAAAAAAAAACAAACAAACAGAUAAUUCACUCUUACUUGUUAAUGAAAUAUACAUUUGUAUUUAUUUAUGUAUUUAUUUAUUUAUUCAUUCAUUCAUGUAUUUAUUUAUUAACAAUGGGGGUUGUCAAGCUGAAUCAAAAUGCUAAGACAGGAUAUGAAUAAUAAUCGUUUAUAAUAAUAAUUAAUAAUAAUCGUUUAGGUACAAAAAUGGUAUAACAUUUUAUAUAAUGUUUGUAUUCUUUGUGGUUGAUUCUGAGUUCUGUUUCUCCAAUACUGAGAUUUAACAAUUGCCCAUCUUGUGGAUCUCUAACUAGCACUGUGGAGUCUUCCUGUCAGUUGUGUUUGAUUUACAUCUCUCUGAGUCUAUGACCUUUCAACUAUUUCAUCUUAUCCUGCUUAAUAGUAGCCUAUUACUAUAGAACUCAGAUCCAUUCACAAAGAUUGCAAACAUAAGAACAAAAAAAUCAAUCCAGUUGGGUUUAGCAUCAAAGCUUUGGUUCAUUCCCCUGGCUCCAGAUCGAACAGAAUAUUUUGAACAGGCUGGCAUUUUAUCAAGAUGUACAAAACUGCUUUCCAAAAACUAGCUGGAUAGCACAAGCAAGGCACCAGGGGUUAACUAAAUAAAAGGAAUUACAGGUGUAAGUUCCUUGAUAUCGUGUUUAUGAACAAUGUGCUGAUAUUGACACAAUGAUUGUGACUGACCCUCUGUUGCGUGAUACUGCUACUUGUCUAUAGUCCCCGAAGUGAAGCUUUUGUACAAAUUGCUGAGGAGGUAAUAUGUUGUAUAGACGAUACAUUUCCAGUCUGUGUUUUCAAUUUUUGUACUGGUCUUAAUGCUGGUGGUGUGACAGGGAACCUUCAGUCUUCCUGGUUUGUUUAAGUCUCUGUCACUUGCUGAAUGUUACAUUUUUUAAAUGUAAUCUAAACAGCAAACAAAAAAACAAACCACAGCAACACAAAUCUGUGAAAAGACAUGUUCACCUUUGGACUGUAUACCCAUCGUAGUAGCCGUAGUUAUACUAGUUCAUAUAAUAAAGCAUAUUAUAAAUGGAA